UUCUUUUCUUUGUUUGAAUCAGAUUGGAAAGAUCGCAGAGAAGUUAGAUUUUCCAAGGAAAGGUUGUCGUAUCCUGCACUUUACAGCCUUAUUCACUUUUUCUAUUCAGACAGACUAGAGAUCUCUGAAGAGGACAUGGAAGAUCUUGUUAGGAUCUGCAAAGUCUGCAAAUGGGAGUCAUUGGAAACAACUCUUGAGAACGAAUUGAUCCAUCAAAAGUACGCGGAGUACAAAUCAUUGAGGGAUGCAGAUAACUCUCAAAAGCGAUUCAUCUUACAGGGUUUGUCCCUUCCUGAGGAGGAUCGCCUUCCUGCUGCUAUGAAUUGGAUUCUUCAGAUUUGCCUUGCCAAUUCUUCCUCGGAGCACAACAUGCAGAAUGGUGUUCAUAAUUUAGUUGCUUCUAUUGGUGCAUUGAAGAUAAAUGAUUUUGUCGACGAUCUUGCAGAUGUUUGCGUUAGAGUUGAUAAAAAGAUUUUUCGUUGCCAUCAGGUGGUUUUAGCAUCGAGGUCAGAAUAUUUUAGAGCAAGAUUAUCCCAUAUGAGGGAUGUACAGGAUGAGAAAGAUAUGUUGCCUGCAGCCACACUUCGAUGUAUUGAAGAACAUGACUUAAGCAUGGAGAUUUUUGAGAAAAUGAUUGAAUAUAUAUACACAGAUAGUUUAAAGGAAGUAGAUCCGGAUGAGGCAGAGGAAAUGUUUGGUGCUGCUUCUAGAUAUCUAUUUUUCCCUCUGAAGCGUGCUGUGGCUGAUGUAUUGUUGCCACACCUGGAAAUGGCCUCGCCAGCUGAAUUGUGCCAGUGGUUGAUGCUAUCAGACAUGUAUGGAGUUCUGAAGAUGCGAGAGUAUUGUCUAGAUACAAUGGCUUGUAACUUUGAGACAUUUGCGGACACUCGUGAGUUCCGAGCAAUGUUAUUGACUUUGCCACCUCCCUCUAGGGAUUCUUCGCUUCGAACCACUGUUCCAAGUGCUCCUGGAGCUGUGGCAAAUACUGACCAAGCCAAUCUGCUAGAUGACCUACGUGAGAAGUGGCUUGAAGCUGAAGCUGCUGAACUAGACAAGAGAGAUGAGAGUGCAUUGCUCUUUGAUAAGCGCCUUGAAAUGCUCAUGCUUGUGGCUGAACAGGAAAAGUCUGAAACUUUAAGCGACGAUGAUGAUCAUGGUUAUGUUGCAUAAUGAAGAUCCUCCUUUCUCCUCUUACAUUAAACAAAUAGAAAACUGAAAUGUAGAUUGUAAUCAUUUUUUCUAUGAUAUAAAUAAAAGACGUCGGAUAGUGUGGAAAUUUUGUAACUGGAGUGAUAUUUUAGUUCUUGUUUUUAUUUGCA